AUGUCUAACGCAACUGCAUUUACCUUUAUUCACUUAACAGGACUGAGUCACAUGACCCAGAAGCUCCGAGCGAUUCUGUUCGGCGUCACCUCGUUGUGUUAUGCGGCCAUUUUACUCGUCAAUGGUGUUCUUAUUGUUACCAUCAUAUGGGAUAAAAGACUCCACGAACCCAUGUACUUGUUUUUGUGUAAUCUAUGCUUUAAUGGCCUUUAUGGAACUGUUGCAUUUUUCCCCAAAUUCCUUUAUGAUCUGUUGUCUACGAGUCAUGUUAUUUCUUAUGUUGGCUGUCUGUUGCAGGUUUUUGUCAUCUAUUCUUAUGGGGCAUCGGAAAUCGCCAUUUUAGCAGUGAUGGCUUAUGAUCGCUACGUGGCUAUAGGCCGACCGCUGGAGUAUCACUCCAUUAUGACCAAACGUAGGGUGAUGUUCUUGGUGGCCUUCUCCAGGGUUUUGCCUUUGCUCUCCCAGGGAACAGUGGUAAUCAUGACCUCCAAACUGCAACUGUGCGGUUCCUUUAUUGAAAAACUCUACUGUGAUAACUGGUCUCUUCUUCAACUGUCCUGCAAUCAAAUAACAAUCAACAGCACCGUGGGAUUCAUUUCUAUUUUAAUUUCCUGUGGACACGACCUUUUUAUCAUGUACUCCUACGUGCAUCUGGUUAAAAUAGCUUUCAAGUCAAAAGAAGGGAAAAAGAAGUUCAUGCAGACGUGUGUGCCACAUUUGUUGUGUUUGAUAAACAUCACAAUAGCUUUGCUCUUUGACCUCAUGUACGCUCGCUACGGCACCACGUCCAUGCCUAAGAGUCUCAGGAAUUUCAUGGCUGUCCAAAUUCUCACCAUGCCGCCAUUGCUCAAUCCCAUUAUUUACGGCCUCAUACUUUCCAAGGUCCGCAACAAUAUUUUACAAUGUUUUAAAAGAAAAAAAGGCUUUUGA